AUGCUCGAUAUCACCGUUGCUGGAAAUCAUCACGAGAUUGGUUUGGCAGUCGGGCAACAGGCUGCAGCACAAGUUGCUGGGUCCAUUGACUUCUACCGUGUGUUGUUUAAAGCUUUCAAUGAUCUGGAAUGGUCCACUGUCAGGGAGCGAACGUUGGAGUUCGUGCCUCAUCUCAAAGCCAAGUUUCCACGCUACUACGAAGAAAUGGAAGGAAUCGCAGAGGGAGCCGGAGUAGACAUUCUCGAUAUCGUUGCUCUGAACAUACGAAGUGAGAUCGCUUUUGGGCAUUUUGAGGAGAACUCAAGACGGCCCAUGGCGAUCGCCGCGGUUGAUGCAGCAGUGGACGGAUGCACCACUUUAGGCUGGAAGACCCCCGGCGGAUCGACCUUUCUCGCACAGAAUUGGGACUGGAAGAGCAAGAAGAAGCCCAAUCUAAUCAUUCUGCGUGUCAAGCCACGAGGCGUACCGGACAUGGAUCUGCCUGCUUUCCAAAUGAUCACCGAAGCCGGAAUUAUUGGGAAGAUUGGCUUCAACGAGCAUGGUGUUGGAUGCCUGCUCAACGGCAUCCGUGCCAAAGGCGUUGACCCGGAACGUAUGCCGAUCCAUUUUGCCCUUCGUACGAUUCUCGAGUCCAAGUCAAAGAGAGAGGCAUUGAACAAGAUCGAAAGCGUGGGAUUGGCCGGAAGCAGCCACAUUCUGAUGGGAGGCAACACUGGUCCGACUGGUCUUGAGUGCACGAGCAUUGGAUACAAGGAGUUGCCGGCUGAUGGACAAGGUCGUGUUGUGCAUGCGAACAACCUGAUUCUGGAGCAUGAAGUUGGCAAGAAGGCUGGCUUCGAUACUUUGCUAGAGUUGUUCAAAGAUGAGCAGAACUUUCCGGCAUCCAUAAACCGGAAGCAGUUUGGAAACAACGACUCCAACACACUUUUCAAUGUAGUGUAUAAUCUGACGGAGAGAAAGGGCGUCAUUUCAAUGGGUCGAACAACGGAGAUUGAGGAGAAGAUUGAGAUUGGAUUUUGA